AUGUCGACCUACAGCAAGGAAUUGGAAGUUGCAGAGCUCGCGGUUCAAAGAGCUGCCAUUCUCACCAAGAAAGUUUUCCAUGAGAAAGCAAAGGGGACUGUCUCCAAAGAUGAUGCUUCGCCUGUCACGAUUGGAGAUUUCGGUGCUCAGGCUCUGAUUAUCGCUGCUAUCAAGAAGAACUUCCCUGAAGAUGAGGUUGUCGGUGAGGAAGAGGCUAGUACGUUGAGGGAAAACACGAAAUUGCGUGAUGAGAUCUGGGCGUUGGUGAAGGGCACCAAACUGUCAGACGACGCAGCGGAGAAGGUCAUUGGUGGCCCAAUUGAGAGCGUUGAUGAUAUGCUUACAGCCAUUGAUGCUGGCAACAGCGCUGGAGGCAGCAAGGGAAGAAUCUGGGCUCUCGAUCCCAUCGAUGGCACCAAAGGUUUCCUUCGAGGUGGCCAAUACGCUGUCUGCCUAGCAUUGAUGGUUGAUGGAGACGUCAAAGUUGGUGUUCUCGGUUGCCCAAAUCUUCCCGUCGAUGAUUCCGCCACACUCACUGCGGAAUCUGGCAAAGAUCAAACAGAUACUGAAGGGAAUGGAGUUUUGUUCUCAGCUGUUCUUGGCCAAGGUGCCACGAGCCGUCCUUUGACAGAUGGUGCUGUUGCAAAUAGCAAGCCAAUUGCCAUGAAGCCAGUGAAGGAUAUCAAGGAAGCCAUCUUCUGUGAAAGUGUUGAGGCUGGCCACUCAUCUCACGGGGACCAAGCCGCUAUCGCAAGCAAAUUGGGAAUUACCAAACCAAGUGUGAGAAUGGACUCACAGGCGAAGUAUGGGUCUGUUGCAAGAGGUGCUGGGGAUAUCUAUCUCAGACUACCCACCAGCAAGACUUACCAGGAGAAGAUAUGGGAUCACGCUGCAGGUGAUUUAAUCGUGAGGGAAGCUGGUGGUCAAGUCACUGAUACUUUGGGGAGAAGACUCGAUUUUGGAAAAGGAAGAACACUUGCAGAGAAUAAGGGUGUUAUUGCUGCGCCUGCUGCGAUUCACGAUUACGUCCUUGAUGUUGUGAAGGAGGUCCUCUCUUCAAAAUAG